AUGAGAUCAAAUUGGACAACCGAUUUAGACAUAGAAACCCUCGAAUCGCGUAGAAGUUGGGCAAUUCUUUCCGAAGUUCAAUCUGUAAUUCCAUUUCACGUGGAACGUUAUGAAUCCGUGUUGGAAAACUGUAUGGCAUGUCCUUCUUCUGUCAAAACUGGUGACGUCACGUUUGCCACCCGAUUCGUAGCCGCUUACAUGUUCCUGAAAGUAAAAGGCUGUCGUCCUAUGACAUACCAGCAUCUAACCUUGCGAAUGUUUGAAAGUGCAAAGAGAAACGAAGGGAUGGUUGAUCAGAAAAUUUUCAAGACGGCUAAAAAGUACGGGUUUGAUAGUGUGUACUUUGACGAAUGCAGCAUCGAGAUAUUGGAAAAAUAUAUAACGUAUAUCAGACCCCUUCUUACACCCACUUGCGAGUAUGUGUUGGUAAAUCGCAAUGGUAAACAAUUUCAAAAACUUACAGAUCUUUUCAGCGUGCUGGUGUUCGAAGCCAUCGGAAAGUACAUUCAUCCGACUAGGUACAGACAAAUCAUCGAGACAGAAAGUUCCCAGGUUCUGCUACCGAACGAACAGAAAUGGAUAUCUGAAGACCAGAAGCAUAGCUCUAACGUUGCGCAUGUCCAUUAUCAAAAGAAACGUUCUCGGGAAGUAGAAAUAAGAGAGGACGUUUGUGCAUGCAAAAAUUAG